AGCUCUGUGCUCUCCAAAUCAGCUGAGCAACCAGGCCAGUUCCACCAAGCUAAGGAGGUGAGAAUCUCUGUAAAACGCUAAAGGAAAAAAAAAUGAAAGGAUCCAGCGAGCAUGGCGAGACCUCGAAGCAGGCGCCCCUGGGCAGCAGGGGUGUCAGCAAAGGAGUGUCCGUGCUUGAUCUAAUACUUCGCUUCAUUGCCAUCAUCGGCACCCUCGCUAGCGCCAUUGCAAUGGGCACCACCAACGAGACGCUGCCUUUCUUCACGCAGUUCAUCCGGUUCAAGGCGCAGUACAGCGAUCUCCCUACUCUCACGUUCUUCGUCGUGGCGAAUUCCAUUGUCUGCGCUUAUCUCACCCUGUCGCUCCCACUAUCUAUAGUGCACAUCAUUAGGAGCAGGGCUAAAUACAGCAGGCUGCUCUUGGUCGUUCUUGACGCGGCAAUGCUAGCAUUGGUGACUGCGGGAGCAUCUGCGGCAGCGGCCAUUGUGUACUUAGCGCACAAAGGCAACGUCAGAGCAAACUGGCUUGCCAUUUGCCAGCAGUUUGACUCGUUCUGCGAGCGUAUCUCUGGAUCCCUCGUUGGUUCGUUCGGAGCCAUGGUCAUGCUCGUACUGCUGCUACUACUCUCCGCCAUUGCUCUAGCCAGGCGCUAGGCGGUGCGUGUUGCGGUUAUUCGACUCCGCUAUCCUUGUGUAAUCAUACGUGUGCCUAUUAUUAUACCUCUCGUGCUAUGAUCCUCUCAUAUAUCCCCAAUUGUUGGCUUGAUUCUAAACUUCUUUUCUUCUGGUGGUGUGCACUAUCAUGUAUAGAAGCUACAAAAAAAAAUAGGUGAACUAUUAUGUAUGGAUCGCCGUAGUUUCU